AUGCUACGCCGAACGUGCCGUCGUUUUGUGAGUGCAAAGCAGUUCUUCGGCACGGAUGCGCAGCCUGUGGAGCCGUACACAGCAAAGUCCAUCUUUCUAUUUGGCUUCAUCACCUCCGUUGGCUUCCUGUCAGUAUUCACUGUGCAGGAAACUAAGAAGGCGGGCCCGCUCGAACUGCCAGACGAACUCGAGGCGGAGCGGCGCCGCAAGAACGAUCCGCGCCGGCCGCCGUGGCCGCUGCUGCACCAACGCGCUGUGUUGCUGCGGGAGGGAAAAGCACCGCACGAUGACUUGCCGCUCUUGUGGGAACAAACACGACAUUAUUACCCCGCCGACUGGCUUGUGCCGCUGGAGAUCACACAGGUGCUCAAGUACACCAGCGGUGCCUAUCUGCAGAACUACGUGGCAGAUCCCGACCAGCUGCGCAAAGAGGUGCUCUUGCAGUUACUUAACAUAAAGUACGGACGCGUCAAGGAUCCGAACGGAGGCCGUGUUAAUCGCGAUGUGGAAGAGAUUAUUGCUAUGGCUAUAGAGGAUUUAGAGAACAUGAGCCUUAGUCCAUCUGCAGAUGUAGUGUUGGUGCCAACACACACAUGA